AUGCCUCCGAAGAAGGGAAAGAAGAAGGGAGGGAAGAAGCAGGAGAGCGCCGAGGCCCUCCGCCUGAAGCAGCUGUAUGCUCUGGAGUCUGAGGCGGAGGAGCUGCAAAAGCGUGAAAAUGACCGCCGUGACCGCGAGGAGCAGGAGGAGCGUCUCAUUUUGUGGAAGGAGGAACAGGCCCGCAUCAUCCGUGAGAAGGAAGGCAAGGUGAAGGAGCUCAUGGCAAAGGUGGAGCAGCUCACCACCUCUCUGCGUGACGAGCGUGCGGCGUCGGAGAGUCAGGUGGAGCAGCUUGUCUUGAUGCGGGACUCGCUGCUUAACGAGGUGAGUCUGCUGCGUGUGGAGCUGGAGGAGAAGCAGCGGCUCCUGCUGCACGAGAGGCAAAACGCGGAGCUGAAGCUGUGCAGCGUGCGCGAGGAGGCUGACAAGAAUAUCAAGUCACUCUCCGACGAAAUUGAGGAGGUGCGGACGGACUUUGGCGUCUUCAAGGCGGAGCACGCCGAGUACGCGGCGAAGAUGGAGGAAACGCUGGACAACAAGGAGGCAGAAAUACGCGGGCAGGUGUCGAAAAUUGGGAAUCUGCAGCGAGAACUGGAGAAGGCGCUCGCAAUGAAUCGAUCGCUGCAGGAAGUCGUGGAGGCGCGUGAGGCAGACGAUCGAAAAAAUGUGACCCUCAUGCAACUGCUCAACGCCCAGCUCGAUGAAAAUAAACGCCGGUACGAAGAGCGGUUUGAGGAGGAGCGCCGGCGCCUCGGCAUGGCAAAGGAGGAGGUGCUGCAACUAGAGACGAGGUGUGCAAAGCUACGGGACGAGGUUGAGGCCCUGAACAGUGAAAAUGCCGAGGUGAAACUCAAAUCCGACGUCGUUCUGCGCGAGUACCGGCAACAACUAGAGCAGGUCAGGAGCGACUCCGCUUAUUUGGUCGCAGAGCUACAGGCCCUGCAGGAGCGGGCGUCGCAGGAGGCGGAGGCCACGCAAACCACCAGGGCGAGUCUCGAGGGGGAGCUGCAGAACACCCUUGUUGACCUAGAGGCCAGCCAAAAGCGCAUGGAGGAGCUGGAGCUUUUGCUGCGGCGCAAGGAACGGGAGACGUUCGACAAGAUCACCUUUCUCAAUGCUCAAGUUUCAAAUAACCGGACCAUCAUUUCCCAGCUACAGCAGAAGCUACUACACGAGCAGAAGCUGCAUGAGACGGAGCUGUCGCGAAACUUUGACGAGACGAGGGAGAAGGAGAAGGAGCUCGAUGCGGUGCGCAGCAGCCUCUCGCAGAAACAUGAUGCCGCCAAGGAGCGGGAGGCGCAGCUCAUGUCGGAGGUCGCGGUGCUGAAGUCGACGACGUUUCACCUCCAGACGGCGCUACAGGACGCGCAGCGGAGCCUGGAGGUGGUGACGGCGGCAAAGGACGAGGAGAUCAAGCGUCUCUGCAACCUGCUGGACGCGCACUUUAUUCCGCACCGUAGGACCAUCGAGGGGGAGGUGACGACGUACGAGGGCACCAUUGCGAUUCUCAGCGAGAAGGUCGGCGAGCUGACGCGGGAGAUGGAGGUGCGAGAGCAGUUGGCCCUGGAGAACGAAACCCAUCUCAAGGCCCGCAUUGCAAAUCAGGAAGAAGUGAUCGAGGCACUGCAGGAGGACCUACGCCGCUCGGAGGCGCGGCGCCGUGAAGAGGUGCGGUCCGUCGAGGACGAGGUCGCACGGCUCAAGAAGACGCUGGAGAUCCACUUUAUCCCGUACGAGAUGUAA